AUGGAUCACCCAGAUCCGGAGCUUGAAGCUGGUCGCACCCCUACAGUCAGAAUCGACAAUGAGAAGGAGAGAGAACACGAAGAGAAAAUCCAACCAAAUGAUCACAAACCAGAAAAUGCAGACCUUUUACCAAGACCGAGAACAUUAUCCGCAACAUCAGAAGAGAGGAAAUACAUAGUCGACUGGGAGGAAAACGAUCGCGAUAACCCCCUGAACUGGCCAGCCUUGAAGAAAUGGAAGAAUCUUUGGAUUGUCAGUUCGAUUACUUUGAUCACCCCACUUGCUUCUUCAAUGUUCGCACCAGGUGUUCCGCAAUUAAUGGAAGAAUUCCACUCAACCAACGUUGAACUUGCCUCCUUCGUCGUCUCAGUUUACAUCCUAGGUUUUGCCAUUGGACCAAUAAAAGUGUAUCAAUGCUGCAACAUUCUCUUCUUGGCAUGCACGAUUGUUUGUGGCGAAUCCCCAAAUCUUGGCAUGUUACUCGCCUUUCGAUUCUGGGCGGGAUGUGCUGGUGUUGCUCCUUUGACUAUCGGUGCUGGUUCAGUUGGCGACCUGAUGCGAGCUGAAGAGAGAGGUGGUGCUAUGGCCAUUUUCUCUCUUGGAACCUUGAUUGGUCCAAUCAUUGGUCCCAUCGCUGGUGGAUAUAUAUCUCAAAGUAUCGGAUGGCGGUGGGUAUUCCGUAUUCUCUCUUGCGCCUCUCCCGUCGUAACUGUCGUAACAUUCUUCCUUGACGAAACCUACGCCACAACCCUCCUCGAAGCAAAAGCCAAGAAACUCCGCGAGACACACAACGAUCCCGCGUACAAGUCCAAGUACGCCAGCGGCCUCCCCAAGAAAGUUGUAUGGAAACGGGCUAUAGUCCGGCCACUCAAGAUGUUGUUCUUGAGUCCGAUUGUCUCCCUCCUCUCCUUGCACCUUUCCCUGGUAUACGGCCUCCUUUACGUACUGUUUACAACCUUCACCGCCGUCUUUGAAGGGAUCUACGGCUUCUCGACCGGAUCCGCAGGUCUCACUUUCCUCGGUCUUGGUGUUGGUACUAUUCUGGGUGUCGUCAUUAUUGGUGGAACAGCAGAUAGGAUUUAUAUGUACUACGAGAAGAGGAACAAUGGUGUUGGUAAGCCAGAGUUCAGGUUGCCUGCCAUGGUCGUCACUAGUCUUUUCUGUCCAAUCGGACUCUUUUGGUAUGGAUGGAGUGCUCAAGCUCAUGCGUAUUUCUUGGUGCCGAUUAUCGGGACAGUGUUCAUGGCUUUUGGAAUGAUGUCCGUGAUGUUACCGGUCCAAAAUUAUCUCGUGGAUGCAUACACGAGAUACGCAGCAUCUGCUAUUGCUGCAGCAACAAUCCUCCGCUCUAUCCUAGGAGCGCUACUCCCACUUGCUGGUCAGCCUAUGUAUGACAAGUUGGGAAUUGGGUGGGGUAAUAGCUUGUUGGGCUUCUUGGCAUUGGCUAUGACACCGAUUCCAUGGGUAUUUUGGAAGUAUGGAGAGAGGAUAAGAACGAGGAAUCCUAUUGAUCUCGAUUAG